AUGAAAGGCUUAUUAAACCCUCCUGAUGUUUCAUCAACCCCUGCUCGUGAACAAUUUACCUAUACAGCAGAUACUCUUCUGAAUGCAUCUAAUGCUAAUAUUUCUAGCUUCGUUUCAGUGAGGCUUUCUAGCGAUGAAACUUAUCCUCUUUGGAAGACACAGAUGCUUUGCAUACUGAAGAUUCACAAUAUGGUUGGGCUUGUGGAUGACACAGUUGAUCAUGGUCCCACAGCUUCAACCGUGGAGAUCAUGGACCAAUACAACACUCUUCUCAAAGGUUGGAUUUUCGGAUCCAUUAACCAAAAUUUACUCAUCCAUGUUUUUAAUCUUGACUCCGUCAAAGAUGUGUGGAGAAAAUUGCAAAACAUCUAUGAUCCGCCUGAGGUUUCUGAAGAAGGUGACAAUAUUGUCCAAGGUGCAUCCCACGACGAACAAGAUGUCCUAUCCGACCCUUCUUCCGGUUCUUGCCAGAGAAAAGAAUAUCACUGCCAUACUCCAUACCAAAUUCAAGAUUUGGAAGCUAUAUAA